AAUAUCAAGUUAUCUCUUAUCAGCUUGAUAGAAGCGCGUAUCAGUAGCGAAGUUCACGUUCAAGAAUGUGUUAAGUGGGCUGUUUUUAUUUUUUUUUUUAAUUUCCUUAAAUUUAAAAUGCUAACGAUACUGGAAAAAAUCGGAAUUGUAUGCAUUAGCAUCGUGGGAUUUCAAAUUACACGAUGGCUUAUCAAUUUCAUUUAUUAUAAUUUUAUUGGUCCCAAUUUAAAUUUAAAUAUCAAUCUUGCUAAAGUUGGAAAAUGGGCAGUCGUUACAGGAGCUACGGAUGGACUUGGGAAGGCUUAUGCGGAAAAUCUUGCCAAAAAAGGAUUAAACAUUGUCCUCAUUAGCAGGACGCAGUCUAAAUUAGAGGCAGUUGCCUCAGAAAUAGAAAAAGAGUACACUGUUCAAACGAAAGUGAUUGCAGUGGAUUUUACAGAACCAGUAGAAAUUUACCAUGUUAUAGAAAAGCAAUUGGUGGGUUUGGAGAUCGGAACUUUAGUGAAUAAUGUUGGAAUGAGUUAUCCCUAUCCUGACUACUUCCUCGAGCUUAAGGACAGGGAUAAAACGUAUCCAGAAAUUAUAAAUUGCAACAUUUUAUCGGUAACGAACAUGUGCAAAAUCGUGAUGCCGGGAAUGGUGGAAAGAGGUCGAGGGGUUGUUAUCAAUAUAUCGUCAACUGCAGCUCAAAUUCCAAGUCCUUUACUCACCGUCUACGCCGCUACUAAGGCAUACGUUCAAAAAUUUUCGGCCGACCUAGGAGCCGAGUAUGCAAAACAUGGCAUAACUGUUCAAUGUACUUUACCCGGUUAUGUGGCAACAAAAAUGUCAAAAAUACGAUCGUCUACGUGGAUGGCUCCUAGUCCGAAGAAAUAUGUCACGAGCGCUCUCAGAACUGUAGGUGUACAAGACAACACCACCGGCUAUUUCCCACACACGCUCCUCGUAGGGGUUGUUCAUACCCUCUACGCCUUAUCGCCAAAACUUGCCAAGUGGUUCAUUAUACGAACUAUGGAGAAUAUUCGAAACCGUGCGAAACGCCGAAAUAUUUAUUAAACUUGUAAUAAUGAUAUAAUUUUUAAUAAACAAUUUGUUAGUUAUU